GCCAGUGGCGGUGCCCGGCCGUCCCCUACUUGCGCGCGGUGCCAAGCACACGGGAGGGGAGCGGGCGAGGGCGUGAGCGGCGGCCAGCUGCAUUCCCAGUCCAGCCACCGCUGCCGGCGUCUCUCGCCAAGCACCGACCCCCAAGGCACCACCGGGGAGCAUGGAGCCGCAAGCACAAGGUUUGCUGGAGACUGAUCCACUGCAACGAGAUGAAGAUGCAAUAGCCAGUGCUGACUUUUCUAGCACGCUCUCUGAGGAGGAAAAAGAAGAGUUAAAAGCAGAACUAGUACAGCUAGAAGACGAAAUCACAACACUUCGACAAGUUUUAUCAGCAAAAGAAAGGCAUCUGGUUGAAAUAAAACAAAAACUUGGCAUGAAUCUGAUGAAUGAAUUAAAGCAGAACUUCAGCAAAAGUUGGCAUGACAUGCAAACUACUACUGCCUACAAGAAAACACAUGAAACUCUGAGUCAUGCAGGGCAGAAGGCCUCCGCAGCUUUCAGCAAUGUGGGGACAGCCAUCAGCAAGAAAUUUGGAGAUAUGAGCUACUCCAUUCGCCAUUCCAUAAGUAUGCCUGCUAUGAGGAAUUCUCCUACUUUCAAAUCUUUUGAGGAGAGGGUUGAGACAACUGUCACAAGUCUUAAGACGAAAGUAGGCGGGACGAACCAGGGUGGAGGCAGCUUCGAAGAGGUGCUCAGCUCCACUGCACAUGCCAGUGCGCAGAGCUCUGUGGGCGGCCCCCUGCACACUGAGGAGGAGCUGCAGUGCUAGAACCUUUCCAUCGCUCUGGACAUCCUCACUUGAAAACCAAGCCCCCUCUGCGGAGACCUAGGCCUCAACCCUCAUCUUCAAAUAAUUUCUCUCCACUGAUGAUUAAAAUGAUUUCCAUUUGUACGUGAUCCUCGUACAACACACCUGACCAUCGCACUUGAGUUUUCAUCGUCAACUUUUAUCAUUGCCUCUCUGGAAACAUAAGGAUUGGCAUAACCCCAGCCUUGUGUAGUUCAACGGAAAGUUUCCAACUCUAGCUCGUAGAUGCUUUGGGUGAUUCCCGGGACUGCUUCCCGGAAGUGUGUCUUGGCGGGUUCUCCACUUGCUAGUUCUGUCCCUGCGAGUUGGAGCAUUAAUACCAUUUGUAGAAACGGGAAUCCUCAUUGCACAUCUUCCAACUGCUUGUGAUCUCUCACUCACAUCAAUUAUGUACGUUUAUUUAAGCAAUUAAAAGUAAUUGGUUUUAAUGAGG